AUUUGUGAGGAGGCUGCUCCUGCUCUUGCAAAACAAUGGUGCUGCUUUCCGAGAGCUGCAAGGGAGACUGAGGGUCAAGUCCCUUUAAAAAAAAAAAAAGUGAAAUACAGUAUUGUGCAUCUUGAAAUCUGAAACCGAGAAACAGAAGUGCAAGGGAAACAAGGGGGAAAGUCUUGCAAUUCCUGAGGACAACUGUUGCAAGUGGAGUUUUAAGGAAUACAACCUACAUAUAUACAUUUAAAGGUCAUUGAAUGGCUUUUGUGGAGAAACCUGUGAAAUAAGGGAGCCUUGGAAGAAGAGAUUUCUUUUUCUCCUCCUCUCUGGAUAUAAUGGCCAUUGCAAAGCAAAGCAUCUUGAGAUUUGGCUUCAAAUGUCUCUUCCUAGCAAUUUUUACGCUCACCUGUGAUGGACACGGCGGGAAGAGGGAGAACGGGGGUCCUGCCUGCUACGGAGGGUUUGAUCUGUAUUUCAUUCUGGACAAGUCAGGAAGUGUCCUGCACCACUGGAAUGAGAUCUAUCACUUCGUGGAGCACUUGGCCCGCAAGUUCAUCAGCCCUCAGCUGAGGAUGUCCUUCAUUGUUUUUUCAACUAGAGGGACAAUUCUAAUGAGGUUAACAGAAGACAGGGAGCAGAUUCGCCAGGGCCUGGAGGAGCUGCAGAAGGUGCUGCCGGGUGGAGACACGUACAUGCACGAGGGAUUUGAAAGGGCAAGUGAACAGAUUUACUACGAAAAUGUUCACGGUUACAGAACUGCCAGUGUCAUCAUUGCUCUGACCGAUGGAGAGCUCCACGAGGACCUGUUUUUCUACUCUGAGAGGGAGGCGAAUCGGUCGCGUGACCUGGGAGCAACAGUGUAUUGUGUGGGUGUGAAGGACUUCAACGAGACCCAGCUGGCUCGGAUUGCCGACAGCAAAGAUCAUGUCUUCCCAGUGAACGAUGGGUUUGAAGCCCUUCAGGGGAUCAUAGACUCUAUUUUGAAGAAAUCCUGCAUAGAAAUCCUGGCAGCAGAGCCUUCCAGUAUUUGUGCAGGGGAGUCCUUCCAGGUGGUGGUGAGGGGGAAUGGAUUCCGACACGCCCGCAACGUCGACCGAGUGCUCUGCAGCUUCAGGAUCAACGACACCGUCACUCUCAAUGAGAAACCCUUUGUGGUGGAAGACACCUACCUGCUGUGCCCAGCACCUGUGCUGCGCGAAGUUGGCAUGGAAGCAGCUCUUCAAGUCAGUAUGAACGAUGGGCUGAGCUUCAUCUCCAGCUCCGUCAUCAUCUCCAGCACACACUGUUCCGAUGGGACCAUCCUGGCCAUCGCCUUGUUGAUCCUCUUCCUCCUGCUGGCCUUGGCUCUGCUCUGGUGGUUCUGGCCUCUCUGCUGCACUGUGAUCAUCAAAGAGCCUCCCCCACCUCCAGCAGAAGACAGUGAGGAAGAAGAUGAUGAUGGCCUUCCAAAGAAGAAAUGGCCAACGGUAGAUGCCUCUUACUAUGGUGGACGAGGAGUUGGAGGCAUCAAACGGAUGGAGGUGCGCUGGGGAGAAAAGGGCUCCACGGAGGAAGGGGCCAAGCUGGAGAAGGCCAAGAACGCGCGGGUGAAGAUGCCGGAGCAGGAGUACGAGUUCCCCGAGCCCCGCAGCCUGGCCAGCAGCAUGCGCAGGCCCUCCUCCCCACGCAGGUGGUACUCGCCCAUCAAGGGGAAGCUGGACGCUCUCUGGGUCUUGCUGCGGAAAGGAUACGACCGCGUGUCCGUGAUGCGCCCUCAGCCAGGAGACAAGGGCCGCUGCAUCAACUUCACCAGAGUGAAGAACACCGAGGCCCCCCCCAAGUACCCCCUCAACAACUCGUACCCCCCGUCAGCUCCCCCCCCGGCCCCCAUCUACACCCCCCCGCCCCCGGCCCCCAUCUACACCCCCCCUCCGCCCAGCUCCCCCACCCCCCACCCCCCCUCCCCGUCCUCCACCCUCCCCCCGCUGCCCCCCCCGCCCCAGGCCCCCCCCCCCAACCGGGCCCCCCCUCCCUCCCGGCCCCCCCCUCGCCCCACAGUCUAGGGGGGGUCGGCCUCGCUCCCGUCUCUUCCACGAGUGUCCCAGAGGCUCUUCCAGCAGUACUGUAUCACAUCCCUCCUGGGGGGAAGGGGGCAGAGGAACCGGAGCCUUCCUGGGACGGGUGACAGCAGAACCAGUGACUCCGUAGUCGUCUUUCUCCUUUAGUUUUCUCCUAUUUUUUGACUCCCUUGUGCAUUGGUGCCACCAAACUAUCGCAGCAAGAAAAGCCAAGAGGCUGCAGGAGCAGGACAAACUCCUGAGUUCCAUUCCAGCAAGGCUCUCCCCACUCCUGGUCCCCCUGUGCCCCAUCAUGGUGAUUCCAGGACACACUGGAAAGAAGGAAUGGAUAACUAGAGCGAGCUCUUUACAAAGGAAGUUCUCCCCGGGGAAGGACUGCAAAAGACUCUUCCAAGUGCAGACAUCCCAGCCAGCAACCUGGAGACAGCUGCACAAAUGUCCUGGGACAAGGUUGGAUGUGUGGCAGGACACUGAUCCCCUCCUCCUCCUGCACCACCUGCCAAGGGAACGGUGACGACAGCACUCUGCCAGCACAGGAACCCUCUAAAUGUGGGGAGAAUCACUCACAGGCACCUGUUCCCACGGACCAGGAGCUGGAGAUGGGAAGGUAUUGGCAUCUCAGAGGGUCUGGAAAGGAGAAGGGGUAGGUCUCCGGGGUGUGGAUCCGAGGAUGUUGGUAUGUGGAAGUGCAGGUGGAUGAAAAUGGAGUGUAACAAGGAAGAUAAAGCAGUCAGGGCAUCACAAGGCUGUGACCCCAUCCCUGAGGACACCAACAACUGGGGACAGGGCAGCCUGCAGUGCUGCCAGUGGGACAGAGGAGGUGGCAAACGUUGAGGAAUCUGAGAAAGGUAAGGUUGGCAGGAGAGCCUUUGUGUUCAGUUUAGACAAUUAUGUACAUCCAGUCAAUCACCCCACAGCUCUGAAGUGUAAUUUAAUGUUUCCACUUUAAAGGAGAAGAUUCUGAAUACAAACCAGAGGUUUGGUGUAUCGAGGUCUCCAAAUCCAGUCUGCUUGGGCUCCUUGUUCUUGACAGUUUGAAAUGGUCACCACUGAUGCCUUCCUGUUUCUGUAAAUCCCGUUCUUUUGCCCUAGAAAUGUUUUCAUGUGGAUUUUUGUGUUUUCCUUUCCUUUCCUAAAUAAGUAGCAGAUGCUUCCCAAACUGGGAGUGAAGAAGAGCCAGUGUGCUUACUCACUCCUGUCAGCUCUCCACAGCAUCACUCCCAUUAGCAGUUGUUGACUAAGGCAAAACUCAGCCCACGGGACUCUCCAGAUGGGAAUCAGUCUGCCAAGGAAUGCACUGGCUGCAUUUCUCCUGCUUUCUCCUCACCUCCACGAGACCCCCACCACAUCCCUCUGCAUCACUCGUGCACACCUGUAUCCUACAGCAAACCUGAGCACCUGCCUUUGCAUCCCAGAGCCAGAGACGGGUGGGACCACUCAGCAUUCCAGCCAAACCUCUGGCUCCCUGGGUUCCUGUCGGGAUUAGUUCUCACAAAGCUCUGUCUCUAAGUCAUAAGAGAUGGACCAUCUUUGUAGCUGCAGUUCUGUGGAUAGCGAAGGGUUGUCACCUCGUUUUUUACCAGAUAAAGAAAUGCUUUGCCAAGUACUUCCUUCAGUGCUGUUGGAUAUAUUAAUUCUAGCUUUUUCUAGCAAAACAAGAGAAAAAAAGGAAAAAGAAAAAAAAUUGCUCAAGGAGGAAAGGGAAGAGAGGAAAGAGACUCAGUGGAGACUUACCCUGGGCCCCUUUGGGUGGGGACAGGAGGGAGCCCUCAGCACGAGGCUCUGGGUCACUGUCACACACCAGCUUCACCCUCCCCAGGGUCAGGGUCAGGUCUUAGGUGAGAUGAACACCCGUCACGAUGGACCCCAGGAUCCAGCCCCCAGCCAGGGCUGGCUGUCCUUCCCUAAGGCUCCUCAGCUCCCCCCACGCUGCUCUGGCUGCAGGCAGCACGGAGCAGUGCCCAGCUGGGAGCAAAACCACCAGUUCUGCUGCUCGCCCCUUCAGGUUUAUCAGCUCCAGGCCGUGGUUGGUUCCACAGGACAACUUUGUGGUUGGCAGGUGGGAGGGAGAAGCUUUAACACCCUGACACAAGUUUGGUUGGAUUCCCUCGUGGGAUGGACGGGAUCUGGUUAGAAAAAGAGCUGUUUGGUUUGGUUUCAUGAUGGAAGGUGUAAAAACUGGGAAUGGUGUAAUACAGGAUCAAUAGAUACGGCCCUAACAGAUCCUCAGUAUUCCAAAAAGGAUGGAAAGGAAGUUGAUUUUCAAUAUGGCAUUGGGAAUUUUAUUUUUUAAGUGUCAAUUAACCAAUAAAUUAGUUAAUUGGUUAAUUAACCAAUAAACCUACUGCUGGGGGAAAAAUAAAAGCAGUGUAUUCUCCAUGACUUCUUGCAGAUGUAUAGAGAAAUAUUCGUUCUCCCCAAAGUAAGGGAAAAAACCCUACGGAUUUAAAGAAGCAAAAUAAAGCCUAGGUCAAGCCUAGGCUAGAAAAACCCUGAUUUUCAAAUACCCCCUAUGCAAUCAUCCAGUUCGUGAAUGAAAAACAAGCUCCAAAUUUUUUGUUGUACAUAUUGUUGCUGCAUGCUUACCAUAUGUUAGAUGGAAGCAUUUCCUAUCCCUUGUGGAUAAAAGAACAUUUUUCAAGUUGUAGUAAAUUAUUCUAAAGCCAAUGACAUUUCAUGGCAUGUUAUCGUAUCAAGCUGUGCUUGUUGUAUUUUUUCUUUACGGUUGUAUUGCUUUGUUUUAUAAAUGUACAAAUAUUUCCCGUAGUGACGAACACCUGUUUUACAUGGCAUUAAUUGAGGCACUGCAGCUCCAGGCCACACACCCCCUUGCUCCAUUGGCAAAGGGGUCAAUCUGGGGUGGGGUCCGGCCAGAGCACAGUGGGGGACAAAGCCAAGCACUCCCAGUCUGCAGUGGGUUGGCUUUGGAGACACUUCCUAACGUUCUCAGAAAAACUGAGAGCAUGUUUGGUGGUGAAUUUUGUACCUGAUUUGUAUUUAGGAAAGAAUUCCUCCCUGUGAGGGUGGUGGGGGGCUGGGAUGGAGUUCCCAGAGAAGCUGUGGCUGCCCCA